CUUAUUAUUAUUUCAUAACCUAUUGUCAGGUGUCAACGGUGUCAGUCAAUUUGAUCGCAUUGCAAAUAAAUUUUAUCAGUUGACUGAAUUGUUAAAUCAAGGAUAUAAAUUAUUUCAUCUGUUAAACAGAAGGAAAAAUAAUAAAUAAAAAUGGUUGCAAUCGACAUAUUAGAAGAAAGAAUAACAGAAUUAGAAAAUCGAAUUUACGGAUCAGCUGUACCAGCAGUUGACGCAACACUUCCUGAGACUUCAAUUGUUGACAAUAUACUUCAUGCAAAUACUCUUAUUUCAUCAGCAUUAUCUGGUCGUGAAAGAACAAAUGCACUUGUUAAAAGACUUCCUCAACUAAAUGAAUUAUUGGAUACAUCUUAUGACAAUGACGAUUUGAAUGUUGAAGCUAAACUUGAAAUUAUAAUAGCUAUGGAAAGUGAGAUUAAAAAAAAUCUCGAAUUAUUUAAUAAAGUUCAAAAAUUGAUGCCUGCUUUAGAAAUAAAUAAAAUACAAAAUGUACCAGAAUUGACACCAAAAUUAGAACAUUUAACUGUUAAUUAUUUGAAUUUUUAUGAAGAAUCUAACGAAAUCAAUCAUUCUAUUCAUAAAGUAUUUUCUAAAUAUAAUAAUAUUAUUGACAUUAUUUCUAAAUCAUUAAUUAGUUUAGAUGCUGCUAUCACUGCUGCUGAAAUUGCAGCCGCCCCUAAAAAACGCAUUGACGAUUAAAACUAUUUAAGAAUAUAGAUAUUAUAAAAUUAAUAAACUUUUAAAAAAAUAGAGGUUUCAAAAAAUAAAUAAAUUGCAUCGCAAUCUUGAUGAAUAAAUUUUAAUGUUAAAAAAAAAAAAAAUGUAAAUGGUAUUUGAUUUGGACGGGGUAGUAGAGUUAACAAAAUGUUUAUUAUUAUUUUUAUUCUACAAUUUGAUCAAU